AUGGAACUAGAGUUCCGGUCCACAGGAAGGAAGAAAGAGCUUGACGAGGUCUUCCUGAAAAUGAUUAUGAAAGAUGUGCAGCCUUUCCCCAUGGUGGAAGAUGAGGGUUUCAGAGCAUUUGUGAGGAAGGUGGACCCCACAUACAUUCUACCAACCAGUAAAGCUCUGAAGACAAGGGUAGUAUCUAAUCUGGGCUUCUCUGCUUUUCCAGCUUCCUGGAGUGGUCCUGCUGAGUCUAAUGUCUAUCAAAAAGGAGACUCCAUGUACUUGCAGAUUUACCUACACUGCAGCGUGGUUGUCUCUUCAGCAUUGACUCCAGAUACCAAAUCCUGCAACUAUAACAAGACCAAUUCCAGCUGGGUUGAGUUGAAUGGUCAGACAAGUGUAUGUGAGUGCUGUGCAUCAAAAUGUAAAGGUCCUCCUUAUGGCAGUCCAUCAAAUGAGUUGAAGGCGCUUGUGAGUACUGGUCCAUUCUUCAUUAAGGAAGCACAACUGGAGGAACAAUCGCUGUCCAAUUCCUUCAGUACCACCUCCCAACUUGGCUUUUCUGCAGGAGCAACUCCGAUUGUAUCUGGAACACUUCCAACCUCAGUGAAAAGGGGCCCAAUUGUAGCUAGUGCGGCUGUAUCGGGACUUGUGGUAGAUGUUGCCUCUUCUCCAGUUCUGGAGAUGGUAAUUGACAUCCCACAGCAGACAAACACAGCAAAACUUGGUGUGUCCAGUCAUGGUGUUCCAACUGCAAAACUGAACCAGACCACUUCUGAGGAAAUGCAUCAGGAAGCUCAUGACUGGAAGUCUUCAAUUCCAGAUGGUGGGAGAGAGUACCUGGCUGACUCUCCUGGUCUGAAUGACUGGAAUUUGGGAGGUGAUGACCCUUUGAAGGGACUUCUCUCAACAGAGGAGGAACUGAGAGGUGACGUGUUCAUGAAUGACAAAUGGCUGCAGCAUGAUGACCUCUCGGACAAGAAAAAGCAUAAGGAAGCUUUAACAUCUAUGCUAGAAAAGCCUCAUGAGAAGAGCGGUGAAAUUAUGGUCCUUGAGCAGACAGAAAAAGUGGCUAAGUUUAAAGGAGAUGAACUUGGAAAGCUGGAAUAUGUGAAGAAAACCAAGCUGGCUUUUAGUCAGGCUUCAGAUGGCUCCAGUUCUCUCAGCUAUGAGGAAGAAAGAAGUCCGACCAGGGGUGAGCAGGAGGUUGAGAAAAGUAAGCUGGAGAUGGAAUGGAGGAAGGUGGAAGAAGAGGGAAGUUCAAAGAAACUGGAAAAAGCUCUGUUGCAGUCCCUGUUGGACCUGGUGAGGGGUUUGAAUAAGACGAGGACUGACCAGUGA